GAAGAUGCCCACGACCCGGCCUCUCGCUGAAUAUUCAUGAGGGAGGCGGGUCGACGCCGCUGCACAGCCAGGCCGGCGCCAUGAAGCUCAACGUGGACGGGCUGCUGGUCUACUUCCCGUACGACUACAUCUACCCCGAGCAGUUCUCCUACAUGCGGGAGCUCAAACGCACGCUGGACGCCAAGGGCCAUGGAGUGCUGGAGAUGCCCUCAGGCACUGGGAAGACGGUGUCCCUGUUGGCCCUGAUUAUGGCAUACCAGCGGGCGUAUCCGCUGGAGGUGACCAAACUCAUUUACUGCUCAAGAACUGUGCCGGAGAUUGAGAAGGUGAUCGAAGAGCUUCGAAAGUUGCUCAACUUCUAUGAGAAGCAGGAGGGCGAGAAGCUGCCGUUUUUGGGGUUGGCGCUGAGCUCCCGCAAAAACUUGUGUAUUCACCCUGAGGUGACACCCCUGCGCUUUGGAAAGGACGUUGAUGGGAAAUGCCACAGCCUCACAGCCUCCUAUGUGCGGACACAGUACCAGCAUGACACCAGCCUGCCCCACUGCCGCUUCUAUGAGGAAUUUGACACCCAUGGGCGUGAGGUGCCCCUCCCUCCCGGCAUCUACAACCUGGAUGACCUGAAAGCGCUGGGGCGACACCACGGCUGGUGCCCGUACUUCCUUGCCCGAUACUCAAUCCUGCAUGCUAACGUGGUGGUUUAUAGCUACCACUACCUCCUGGACCCCAAGAUUGCAGACCUGGUGUCCAAGGAACUGGCCCGGAAGGCCGUCGUAGUCUUCGAUGAGGCCCACAACAUUGACAAUGUCUGCAUCGACUCCAUGAGCGUCAACCUCACCCGCCGGACUCUUGACCGCUGCCAGGGCAACCUGGAGACUCUGCAGAAGACGGUGCUCAGGAUCAAAGAGACAGAUGAGCAGCGCCUGCGGGAGGAGUACCGGCGCCUGGUGGAGGGGCUGCGGGAGGCCAGCGCCGCCCGGGAGACAGACGCCCACCUGGCCAACCCCGUGCUGCCCGAUGAGGUGCUGCAGGAGGCGGUGCCGGGCUCCAUCCGCACAGCUGAGCACUUCCUGGGCUUCCUGCGGCGGCUGCUGGAGUACGUGAAGUGGCGGCUGCGCGUGCAGCACGUGGUGCAGGAGAGCCCGCCCGCCUUCCUGAGUGGCCUGGCGCAGCGCGUGUGCAUCCAGCGCAAGCCCCUCAGAUUCUGUGCUGAACGCCUCCGCUCCCUGCUGCACACGCUGGAGAUCACCGACCUGGCCGACUUCUCCCCGCUUACCCUCCUUGCUAACUUUGCCACCCUCGUCAGCACCUACGCCAAGGGCUUCACCAUCAUCAUCGAGCCCUUUGACGACAGAACCCCGACCAUUGCCAACCCCAUCCUGCACUUCAGCUGCAUGGAUGCUUCGCUGGCCAUCAAACCCGUGUUUGAGCGCUUCCAGUCUGUCAUCAUCACAUCUGGGACGCUGUCCCCGUUGGACAUCUACCCCAAGAUCCUGGAUUUCCACCCUGUUACCAUGGCAACUUUCACCAUGACGCUGGCCCGGGUCUGCCUCUGCCCUAUGAUCAUCGGCCGAGGCAAUGACCAGGUGGCCAUCAGCUCCAAGUUUGAGACCCGGGAGGAUAUUGCUGUGAUCCGGAACUAUGGGAACCUCCUGCUGGAGAUGUCCGCUGUGGUCCCUGAUGGCAUCGUGGCUUUCUUCACCAGCUACCAGUACAUGGAGAGCACCGUGGCCUCCUGGUAUGAGCAGGGGAUUCUUGAGAACAUCCAGAGGAACAAGCUGCUGUUUAUCGAGACCCAGGAUGGUGCCGAGACCAGCGUCGCCCUGGAGAAGUACCAGGAGGCCUGCGAGAAUGGCCGCGGGGCCAUCCUGCUGUCAGUGGCCCGGGGCAAAGUGUCUGAGGGAAUCGACUUUGUGCACCACUAUGGGCGGGCCGUCAUCAUGUUUGGUGUCCCCUACGUCUACACGCAGAGCCGCAUUCUCAAGGCGCGGCUGGAAUACCUGCGGGACCAGUUCCAGAUCCGGGAGAAUGACUUUCUCACCUUCGACGCCAUGCGCCACGCGGCCCAGUGCGUGGGUCGAGCCAUCAGGGGCAAGACGGACUACGGCCUCAUGGUCUUUGCCGACAAGCGGUUUGCCCGUGCAGACAAGCGGGGGAAACUGCCCCGCUGGAUCCAGGAGCACCUCACAGACGCCAACCUCAACCUGACUGUGGACGAGGGUGUCCAGGUGGCCAAGUACUUCCUAAGGCAGAUGGCACAGCCCUUCCACCAGGAGGAUCAGCUGGGCCUGUCCCUGCUCAGCCUGGAGCAGCUGGAGUCGCAGGAGACGCUGCAGAGGAUAGAGCAGAUUGCUCAGCAGCUGUGAGCAGGGCAAGGCUGUCAGCUGUUCCUGGAGCCCAGGGGCGGUGCUGGAAGGUCUUAAGAACUCAGGUGACAUUCCUUACUGUGACAUCCACAGCCUUUAAUCGAAGGAGACGGUAGCUUUCCAUCAGGUACCCAGAGGCAGGGGAGUCCAGGAGCUGACAGACCCCUGCAGCCCCUCCCUCCUGAACUGUUCCCGAAGAGCCGCAGCCAGUGCUGUUGACUCGACGCUAGCGUGGGCUCAGGUCCUGCGUGCUGGCGCUGAGGUUCCGAGGGAGCUUCUCCAGGUGCCAGCUGGGGAACUGGAGGCAGGCACAGGGGAUGGGAGGAGGUGAGGGGCAGGUGCUACGGCCACCAUGCAGCUCCAGCCUGGCAGCCAACUUGUCUACCCUCCUCACCUGUAUCUCAAGUAAAAUGCAUCGUUGCUCC